AUGCGUGAUACAAAAAUAACAGAAGUGACGCUCGAACAAAGAUAUAAAAUCCAACCGCGGAAAGAUGUCGAACAGGCGCUGGCGUCACCCGAUUUCGAUCCAUUCGCCGAACGCAAAGUGGCACAUCCAACCACUGAUAAUGAGACACUUACGCAUUUGCUGAAGGCCUCGCUGGGCACCGGCAUCCUAUCCAUGCCGAUCGCCUUCAUGUACUCAGGCAUUGUGCUUGGCAUUUUUGCCACCAUCUUCACUGCUUUCAUCUGUACACACUGCAGUUAUGUACUGGUGAAAUGCGCCCACAAACUCUACUACAAGUCGCGUCGCACGGAGAUGAGCUUCGCCGAAGUUGCUGAAGUGGCAUUUCUGAAUGGGCCAAAAUGGGCACGUGGUUUUGCGUCAGUCGCUAAAUUUUCCAUACUUUUUGGACUGUUUCUGACCUACUUCGGCACCUGUUCGGUGUAUACCGUUAUUGUGGCGAAGAAUUUCGAGCAG